AUGACAGAUUUGGCAACACCUAUUGUGUUGCACCUCACCGAACACAAAUCCGGUAUUACAGUCAACGGAAGAGCAGCCAUGCGGCUUGGCCUGACGUCUCCGUCGGCUUCGCAGGCAUCUGACAGGCGCCAUCCGCUUGCAGUGGCUAGCCGCUCGUCCGUCUUCUGUCCCAUUGACGUGGACGGCGACUCUACUGACGAUGCAAAGUCUCCGGCGUCACGCCACCACGACUUGUCCGCACUCUCUUCGCCCAAACGCGGGCCUUCAGUCCUGGAUCUCUCCAUCGAUGCCGCCUACAAUAACGGUACAAAUCGACGCCAAACUAGAGCGCAGGAACUGGAGUACGACGACAGCGAGAUGCAGCACAGCGAGCACAAGGAUGACGUAGAGUGGCCGGGCAGCAGUGCCUCCCAGUCGCCUGGUAGAAAGGAAGAGAGAAAAAAGCCACCACUCAACUUUUUCUUCAACGUAGAAGAGCGAUCCACGCCCAAGAAGCCGCGAAGAGAGGCUUUUGGCUCCAGUCGUCGUGAAAGUAGCAGCGCACGCAGCUCUCCAGCCCCGGACGAGCUCCACGAGGUCAUCUCGGCAGCACGCACGAGCAUCUGCGGCCAAAUGUUUGACCGUUGUGAGCUCGAAUUCGGGCAAGAUCGAGUAGAGCUGACGAUAUGGAAAGACAACAAGGCGCGUUGGCAGGGGAGUGUCAAGUAUGCGCACAUGGUGCGCUUCUGCUUCUCUCGAGUCAAUCGCUCGCCGUACAUCCUGCUGCUGGAGCUGGAUAACUCCAGAGGAAGGUCGGAAUUCGCGACCUUCUACGACCCCAUAUUCGCAAAAGUAUGCGAAGAAAACGAGGCUAAGGGGAAGGCAACACCAAAGGUGUACGGCGUCGUGUUUUACUUUGACGAAGAAAUCGACUAUAUGCGCUGCCAGAGUAUGGGCGACAACAAUCCGAAAUUGGCGCAUCUCUUCAAGGAAAAAUUGUCGGAGACCGAAGUGCGGCAGUUUUUGAAGCUGGACAUGCCUUUUAGGUCACGGUACCCGCGUCGUGUCGAGGUGAAACCCAGCUCGUCUUCAGGCGCCGGUCGUAGCUUGGCGUCGAGAGUGGGGUGCGGGGCUAGACAAGCGCUCGGCAGUGUGGCUAGCUUCUUUCGUCCAACGCCACAACCUUCUGUGUUGGAAGAGGAUGAGAACCCGUCAGUUGUGCGAGACCGUGGCGGUUCAACGCGAGGCCGAACACUGAAUUUGUCUCGUGAUAGUGGUCGCAUACCGCCGGACUUGGACGAGAAGAAAGCGCCGAUCGCUGUCGAUAUAGACAGGCAGUAUCGAGAUUUAGGUGCAGACAGCGCUGUGGACAACGUGGUGGUUAUUCAGAACACCCACCAAGACGAACAGGAUACGAGAGACAACUCGGCAGCAUCUUCUCCAUCGCAGGAGGAGAAAACAAGCGACAAAACAGAGAGCAGGAAACGAGCAGCUACAAGUCGACGUGAGGACGAGAAGCUGAAACGCAGGAGGAUUGAGAGUCGUCGCAACGAAGUGUUGCUCACAUAUCCGUACGAUGGCUCGGACACGUCGGGACGGAUCUCAGUGACGCUCGGCGACGUGGACCGCCUUGUUCCUGGGGAGUUUCUGAACGACAAUAUCAUCGACUUCUAUCUACGAUUUCUCUGGCGCCAUUUGCCUCCGUGGCAGCAGCAGCAGACGUAUUUCUUCUCCUCGCACUUUUUCACGCAGCUGAAUGGCACCAACGGAGCUCACGAGCUAACAAAGGCAGACCCAGACGAACGAUUCGCGCGAGUUGCGCGCUGGACGCAGAAGGAGACGAACCUUUUCGACAAGCGCUUCUUAUUUAUUCCUAUCAAUGACAGCUUCCACUGGAGUGUCGCUGUGUUUUGUAAUCCAGGCUCAGCUAUUAUCAAAAAGCACCGGAAAGUUCGACGUCGGCGUCAAAAGCUCGCUACGGACAAGAAAGAAGUGGUGGACCUGGUGGAUGGCGAUGGAGAAUCGCAACGGCCAUCAGACGCAGAGGCUAACGGCGGUGACAGUGCGGAAGAAGAGGUUGAGGAAGAGGAAGUGCAGUCGUGUCAAGAAGAUCGACUCGCUAAUUCUCCCUGUCUGCUGUUCCUGGACUCUCUGCGCUGUCAUCGAAAAAAGAAGUUUACAAAAAUGCUACGCGACUAUCUGGAAUGCGAGUGGAAAGCUCGUUACGCUGCCAGUGCUGUCAGUGUGUCAAAAGAUGAAGAAAAACUGGAUCCGAACGAGUCGAUUGUGACGGUGUUCGACUCGGAAAGCAUCGGUCUCCUCGAGCCAAACGUACGCAGCACUCGUUUACUGACACGUGACGUCUGUUGCUAA